AUGGCUCCCCCAACGGAUAACACCACUCGAGGCGUGAUCCUUGGCCUCAAGAUGGCAGGCAAAGGGAACGCCGACAUUGCUGAGAUUGUCGGGAUGACUCCAGGUGCGGGGGUCUCCGAUGUCUUUUUCGGAAAGGGAAGCACUCAGGGUAGCCCCAAGAAGGCAAAGAUCCGAGCGUCGAAGACGCCCCCCCAUUGA